UAAUCAUUGAGAUUCACACAAUACCAGUGACCACGACAGUGACUUGGCAGAUUUUAUUUUACGUGUGUCAACGGUAACGUGUCUUCCGCAAUAUAGGAGUUUACCGGCUUGUGAAAUGUACAUUACAACUUCAUUGAGUCUUUGGUAGACGCACUGGCCGCAGUAGAAGAGGAACUGCCUCGUAGUAAAUCUGAGAAUCUAUACUAAGAGCAAAUGGACCAUCAGUACCACAGAAUGAAGUACCCUGGUAUGGACAACUAUGGCCACCGUCAUCGUAUCCGCACCCCGAGCAAGCUUAUCUACAUCGUCGGGGUCAUUCUCUUCCUCGGGAUCAUCCUCACCAUCCUCAACAUCUACGAGCUGCACAAGAUGAAGGAGGAUCACAGCAUCCUCCACUCUGGACUGAUUGUACCAGAGGGGCGUGAUGGGAAGGCCGUGUACAAGCAGCCCGUGGUCUGGGUGGCAGCAAAAAGGAUUGAGACGGGCUACCUGAAGCACGUAUUUAAUGUGUUUGAGAGAGUCGGGUAUGUGACAGGAAGUCAGGAGUCCGAGUGGGAUGUUCUCUGGUCACAUGAUUACCCAUUUAUUGCAUUCGCCAAAUCCUUGUCCAACCUGAAACCACAUCAACGGGUGAAUCACUUCCCCGGGUCCGGGUACAUCACCAACAAGGCCAGCCUCGCCUCCACCAAGAUGCAGUUCAUCCCACGUGCAUUUAAAGUGCCCUACGAUAAAGACAAGUUCCGAGCCUAUGCCAAGGACCACCCUGGUACCAAGUGGGUGCAGAAGAGCAACAACCACCGUGGCAUCGAGAUCAAGGACAUAAAAGACCUUGACUUGACGCAGGAGGGUACAUUUGUACAGGAGUAUGUGGCCAAGCCGUUCCUCGUCGAUGGAAGAAAGUUUGACAUUGGUGUUUACACCAUUCUCACCUCCAUAGACCCCCUACGACUGUACAUCGUGGAAGGGGAUGCUCUCUUCAGGUUCUGUGUGAAAGACUACUACCCCUUUGACUAUCACGUCCUGGAGAAGUAUGUGGUGAAGGAUGACUACACGCCCAUGUGGAAGCUGCCAUCUCUGAAGAAGCUGUACGAUAAUAUGAACUACUCAUUUAUCAACACCUUUAAUGCCUACCUACAGAAGAAAGGACUGAACUACAAGAAGGUGUGGGACGAUAUCCGAUCUGCCAUACUGACAGUAUAUAAGGAUAAGGAGGCCAAGCUUAUUGAAGCCACCAACAAGUACAAGAGUACGAGAAACUUUUUUGAGAUGGUGAGAUUUGACUUCGUCCUGGAUGAAGACUUAAACGUGUAUUUGAUGGAGGCCAACAUGUCCCCGAACCUGUCCUCGCUCCACUUCGCCCAGAACAAGCGUCUGUACGAACAUGUCAUCUUCAACCUGCUGGGUCUCGUGGGACUCAUCCACCCCACAUCCAACAACUUCUAUACCAGCUCUGAUGAUGAGCUGGCAAUGCAGGUGUCAGACAAGGACAUCUCCGUCUUCCCUGAUGUGUGCAGCAGUAGCCAUUGCCAUAACCACUGCAACAACCUGGAGUGUAAGCUGUGCAGCGAGUGCCUAACAACGGAGUGGCGCCUGCAGCUGAAGCUGGCCUACCUGGAACAUGUCCGUCGGGGCAGCUGUAGACGACUCUUUCCGGAGCCAGUGAAUCAGACGGAAGCCCUACAUUGGAAGCCAGGAAAGGAGCCAGCUUCUCGUUCAAAAUUAGCAGACAAGAACAAACUGAUUUCACUGUGGUUUAUGGGAAAAUGUCAGAUGGAUUCAGCAUUUUGUAGGUAACCGUAAAGGUGGUACACGGUUGACUAUGUGUUCAGUGAUCAAGGACAGGUUUGUCCAAGGUCCGAAGAGGUUGAAACCUCUCACAUUUGUAUUCCUACAUGAGGAGAUAUGAGAGUGUUGUGUUCAAGAUAUUCUAGAUGAUAUUGUCCCCCCCACAUCUAGGGCCUCAUUUAUGUUUACAUGAGGGGGAAAAUUCUGCUUAACAUUGUGCAGCACACUGAUGGAAACGUUAAAUGUGGUUGUAUUGUUAUUAAAUACUCAACUUUUGAAAGGAACAUUCACAACUUUGGAGCAAUACAUUUUGAGCCAUAUUUCUGUAUAUACAAGGGAUUACAAUAAUAUUUGGACCCGUGAAGAUCUGGGGUAGAAUAGGUCUUCAGCAACCCAUGCUUGUCACAAAAGGCGACUGUGCUUGUAGUAAGAGGCAACU